CCCACCAUGGCCGCGACCAAGGCAGAAGUAUUAGAAAACAUUCGAAAUUUGCCGAACCCAGGCCAAGAUGCAGAGGCUUUGCUGGCAAAAGUCCUUCCAGGUGUAUCAAAUGGAGACCUCACCUUACAAGAGGUUGUGGAAGGUCUUGGAUCCAGUCUGACCCACACUAAUGUCGCAGACAGGGCUGUAGGAACACGGUUCUUGGCUGAUAUCCUGCAUUCGUUGCCACAGAACAAGCUUAAUGCAGAUGAGCUCACCUUCCUCACAGCCUUCUUUGUUGAUCGUCUUAAGGAUCACCAUUCUGUGGUCCCAAAUGUUAUCUAUGCAGUUCUGGCACUGGUCCAACAAGAAAAUAUUCCAAGAGGCGACAUCGUCAACCUCAUCCGAGCUGUUUUCCGAGAAGUUCACUGUCAGUCCCAGGUUAUGUCGGACAGGAGAAAUGUCUACACCUUCCUGAAGUACUGCAUUAUAAACAAAUUGGAAUGUGUCAAGGAGAUGGGCACAGACUUUGUGCUAGGCUUCAUCACCGCUAUGGAUGGCGAGAAGGACCCCAGGAACCUUGUGUUGUUAUUCGCACUCAUGCCCUCCAUUGUGAGCCACCUUCCUCUAGGCCCAUUCACGGAAGACAUGUUCGAAGUUGUGGCUGCAUACUUUCCAAUAGACUUUGUGCCUCCAGCAGAUGAUCCUUACGGCAUAUCGUCAGAGGACCUAGUAUUGGGCCUCAGGCAAGCUUUGUCAUCAACUCCCCAAUUUGCUUCUUUCUGCAUCCCUCUUCUACAGGAGAAGCUAGAUUCAGAUUUAAUGGUGGCAAAACUGGAUUCCUUACACACACUGGUUGCUUGUUGUGAAGCAUACACCUCAGAGGACAUACGACCACACAUCCCAACCCUGUGGGCAAGCAUCAGGCGUGAGGUAAUUGAGGCUAACAGUGCAGAAGGGGAAGCAGCUGCUCUCUCAGCUCUAACAGCAAUCAUCCUAACCCUCAACAGGGGAAUGGUAACCCAUGCUGGGAGAGAUGCAAUGAACAUGUUGAUCAAGUCAGCCAUGAUUGAAUGCCUAGGACACUUAACAGCCCCAGAACAACGGCUAAUGUUCCCAAGUGCAUAUCUUCUACUAGCUGUUGUUGUUGCUGGCCAAGGUCCUGCUGAAGCCAUCUGUGGGAAGGUUUUCCCUCUUCUUGUGGAACAGUUUGAUAACAAAACUGAGGAUACAGCUAGAAAAAAUACCAUUACUAUUUUGGCAAAGUUCCUAGAGCAAGGAGCAAAAUACCCAUCACUAAAAGAAGAUGGUGGCAGCUUGGCAGAACAUGAAGCUUCUUGCUGGAAAGUAUUUUUACAAGGCUUAACAAACAAACAGUUGGCAGUCCAAGAGGCAUCAGUGUCAGCCUUAACGACUGCAUUACCUGCAUUCCAAACUAAAUACCUUAUGGAAGGUGCCCAUAUCCUCACCUCGAUCCUCAUCAGCGCAAACAGCAAUAGUUUAAGAGACCAGAUAAUCAAGUGUUUUGUGGCCAUGGGAAAGUUGCAUCCACCUGCUAUUAGUGAAAAUACACUCCCUCAGCUGUUGGCAGAAAUGGAAAAAGGGAGCACCAGCAUUUCUCCAGUGAGUGAAAGUCAAGUCCUGGAAACCCUUGCAAUCCUAACAACGGGAAAGUUUCUCUUGUCCCGUGUUUUGCCUGUUGUCUGGCAUCAUGCAGAAAAUACGCUUAAAUCUUCCACAGAAAGAUGUUGCCUUUAUCUCUCAUGUGUUUUGAAGAUUAUCAGGAACACUAUCAGCAAUACAGAGUGCCUAAAUUAUAUACUAGAAGACUGGGGUGGGUUGUUGAAGGUGAUAAGCCUGUGUGUAAAAGCUAUUGUCAGCCAAGAAAUACAAAACCCAGUUCCUGCUCUCCAGCAUCUAUCAUCAGUUUGCAGAGUAAUUGUUGCAAAGAUGGGAGACCCCAGGCCUGUGGUGCAGAGUUUAAUUGAUUUAUUAAUUGUAGGUGAAUUAAACAGUCUUGAAGGCUUGGUAAAAGAACUUGUCUCACAACACCCUGAAGUCACAGAUCUUUUAUCAAACAUGGCAGAUGCAGAAAACCCAAGGGCAGCACAAAUGGUUUUCAUAUAUGAAGGUGUUCUUCUUGGCCUACGGAAGGGGGAACAUCUAGAGAAUAUGGAACAGUUACUGGGAAAACUUCGCCAUCUAAGUGUUUACUGUGACAAUCCAACGGUUCGAGAGACAUCUGCCGUCCUCCAUGCAGCUGUUAUUAAUAAAGUCUCAAUAGGACCCAAAUUUACUCAGGCCAUAAGUAAUGCUAGUGAUGAACUUAAUCAAGUCCUGGAUUCAGCCAGCUCACUCGACAAGCAACAAGCUGCUCUCUAUACGUGGACUUGGACAAGCAAGGCUCUUGUUCUUCGUGGAGCAUCUGAGGAGGUUUUGUGGACAGCAAAGAUGCAGAGUUUACUAUCAGACCCAGCCAUAGGACUUCAGGCAGCGCAUGGUUUUGGCAUUAUAUUGAGGGACCAUGAAUAUGCUCUAAGACCAGAAACCUUUGCUAAUAUCAGAUUGUUAUACAAGCAAAGGUACUUUGAACAUGUAAUAGGUCCAUUAGUAGACCUAUUUAACAGUGCAGAGAAUAGUACAAAACAGAAGGCCCUGUUGGCUAUCUCAUCACUUUUACCAUCAUUACCACAGCUCGUUUUGAAUGCUCAUAUCAAGAGGUUAUUGCCAGUUCUGCUCCAAGGCAUAACCUGUGAUGAGGAGACUGUUACAGAGAGCACUUUAACAAGCCUUGUAAGUCUAUUGCAACAAUCUGUAGAACAUGCUUGUCCACAUGUCAGCACACUUAUACCAACUCUUCUUUUGUUAGCAACUGAUCAUCCACUUAAGGUGAGGAUGAAGUCUCUGGAAUGCCUCCAAAUCUUGACUUCUCUUCCAACACCUACUAUUGUUCCUUACAGAGAUGAUGUGAACAGAGGGCUACGUCCUGUCCUGAAUGAUAAAAAGCGAGUCAUUCGAAAUGUCGCUGCUACUACCAGGUCUUCAUGGAUUCUCGUUGGUGCUCCAGGGGGUUCUUAGCCCACUUGAUAUCUUUUUAGGUACUUUCUUCAGUUCUAAAAGAAUUUUCUUCACUUUUUUUUUUUCUUUCUUUCUUUCUUUGUCCUUUUUUUCUUUUCUUUUUUUUUCUUUCUUUUUUCUUUCUUCUUCCUCUUUGUAUUAUUGUUAUUAGUUAGUUAUGAUGAUGAAUAUCUGUUAAUAGAAGUAAUAAAAAGUAUGACAUACAAGAAAAAUAAAGAUCAGACAUGUUAAAUUAUAGUAAUUUGUUUAUUUAAACAUCUCCAAACUUUAUUCCAUAUCCUAUUUGGACUUUAAAACAUUUUAAAGUGGUUUGUUUCAGUAUAUUGCAUAAAACAAAAUUCACAAAAUUUGGAUUCACAAAAUUAUUCCUAAUUAUCCCCAAUUCUAUAUGUUUUUCUUUUACUGCAUAGGUAUUGUCUUUUGAUUUGCAUAGAUGUCUGAGAGAAUAAAUGUUUGGAUUCAGGUAUUAAGUUAAGAGAUAUGUGAAGUUUUUACUUGUUUUCUAAGAUGCUUUUUUAUAUGCAGCACAUUUAAUUUGGUUGUAAGAAUUUUAUAGCAAUAAAUGCUCUAAACCUGA